AUCUCUGUUUAUUCUUUUUCACAGGUUAAACGAUGAAGAGCGGGAAAUAUAUUGUUGAACAUUGUAUGUUGUAGACAAAAUAAAAGCACGAUUAUUAUAGUUAUACAUUGUUAAUUCGCGAUAUUAAAAUGAGCGCAAAGUUGGAUAAUUUGCUUAAUCAAAAAGACCGAAAGCAACUACACGAAUUCGUGCAGAAGACAUCGACUGAGGAGCUGACAAAAAUAAUAUCUACCAGAAUAUGUAAUUCAGAUAUUUCCAAAGUAUUGGAUGAGAUCUUGCAGGUGUGCUCAGAAUCUGAAAAUUUAUAUUCAAAAAGACUCAAGCUGAUAGAGUCUGUUUUAAGAGCUUUAGGAGAAGCCAAAGUUUCAAUCAGUCAUGCAAAUGACAUUGUAAAUCGGAUAGUGGUAGAUUUUCCAAAAUAUCCAAAACUGCAUUUGAUCAAAUUGGUGGAAUUUUGUCUUGCUAGUAUUCGUAACAAUGAUGAUGAAUUUAGAAGUUGGAAAGAUUUAUUACCUAUUUUGUUGGAAGUAUUGGAGGAAGAAAAAUAUAUUACUCAUAUGAACAAUGAAGUGUCUGGUUCUAAAUAUAAAUCUAUUAUUAUUAACAACAUAUGCAACAGUGAAUGGAACACAGAAAUUAUACCUUCAUUAGCAACAAUGUUCAGAGAUAUAUCUUUAGAAAAGGAGGAUCAUUCCACAGUAAUCACAUUAUUCUGUACAAGGCUGCAAAACGUACCUCUUGAAGAAGUACCUCCUUUUGUGCAUCAAUCAUUAAGAUUAUGCACUAAUCAGGAUAAUAAACAUCUUUUAGAAGCAUUACGAAGAUAUUUUACACUGCAAUUCUCUCAAGCUAAUUCUGAUGAUAAAGACAGCAUUGAGACUAUAAAUAUGAUAAAUCCCAAGGAAGUUCAAAAUAUUGAAAGUACAGUAUUAUAUCACAUAUAUCAAGCAGCACAGUUGAAUCACCAACAUAUAAGAGAUUACAUUAAGUAUUUCAAAAGUGUGUUGCACAUUCCUGAAGUUUUAUUGGAACCUUUUAUGCUUUCUGUGUUACUCACAGUUGCUUCUAUCGAUGAAAAUCAGAUUUUUGAAAUGUUACGGACGAUUAUUAAUAAGCGAAACGAAAAUGAUGAUAGACGGAAAAAUAGUAUGUGGUUGAGAAGUCUGAUUUCCGAUUCUUGUAGUAUAAUGACUGUGAUAGGGCGUGUCCUCGAUGCAAGUAACAAGGAUCGUCAUUUAGUGCUGAAAGGACUUGUGGAUUUGGCAUUUGUUCUCAUGGCUGCAGAAAAUAAAUCAAAAACAGUACCGCAUCCUUUAUGGCAGAUUGGUAUAAAUAUACUUCAGAAGAUCAUGAAAAUUCAUCAUGAAACAGUCGCGACUGUCUUUCAAACGUUAAUUGAUAAGAUAAUGGCAGGUGGAUCGUGUAUUUCUCAAUACACUGAUUGCUUGGCAUACAUGUGUCGUAAAUUAGCGGUUCUUGUAUUGGGUCAUCAAGAUGCUAUAAUAGCUCUUUUUGAUCAAAUCUCAUCUAUACCUGGAGAGAAUAGCAUUUUUAUCGUUUCCGCAAUAUUUCCAUUGAUACAAAUCUCAGUCAGUCUAAGAGACAAUUUGAUCUUAAUAUUGAGGAAGACUCUUUACAGAAAGGGCACGGCUAAUCGACAAAUGGCAGUCAGUGGAAUUUUGGAAAUGCUGAAAAAAUUAAAGAUGCACUCUUUAAGCGGUCUUGUGAUGAGUUCAAGUCAAUGUGCAAAUUCAUCGUCGACUGGUACAAGUUCCUCAUCCAUAUUGACUCAGGUAACAUUGGAGAGAGGUACUCCUGUAACAGGAUCCACUUCGAGAUACAAUAGAACUUUAUGUUAUGACGUACUGGGUAUUUUACGAAGAUGUUUUACUCAUGAAUGCAAAGUCCGAUUACAUUUGUACAACGGUUUAUAUGAAGCUGUAUCGCACAAUACCGAGAUAGCGGAAUAUGUAUUAGAAAUGUUACUGCCGCAUUUUGAAAUGUACUAUGAAACGGACGAGAAUGUCGUGAUCCCAGUUAAAUUGGAAUUAUGUACGAUUGUACAAGCAGAUGAGGUUGUUCCGCAGGAACCUCUGGCGGAACUAAUAUCUAUAUUACAAAAGAUUUACAUCAAGUCGGCUUUAGCGAAAUCAUCUCUUAUAAAUGAUUUGGCUAUAAUCUUGGAAUCUCUCUGCAGACGGAUGUCGCAACUUGAAACGGAACAUUUAAAUCUGGAUGACAAGCUUGAUUUAAACAACAGUAGCAGUAUCAAAACCCAAGAAAAAUUACAAAAUGUUUUAUUAAUAGUCAAAAUUUAUGAGGCUCUCAUGUCCUUUAGAAUUGACGCAUGGUCUGUGGAUUGUUCAGAUACUGCACAAAGUGUUAAAAAUCUAUUCAAAGGAUACAUGAGAUUUGUUGAGUUUACCAAGCGCGUACCAAGAGUUAAAAAAGGAGAAGGCAAGAAGGCUAAAAAGACACAAAAUGAUACAAAUAAUACAACCAUCAAAAAAACUGCCCGGACAAGCAGCAUAAAGCUACCACCUAGCAUCAUGGAUCUGUCUGCAAUAUACAAAAUGCUGUCACUCUUCUACUUGAAAUCCGUUUCUUGGACAACUAUGGAGCAAGUGGCUGUGCUAGUAGAAAACCAUGAUUUCUAUCAUUAUAUUCUGCGAACGCUAAUGCAAAGCUUACAAAAUGUUAAACUGUUGUCAGAGUAUAAUUUACGGAAACAUAAGAAACAGUACAUGAAGACUUACUUCGAAAUUGGAAAAUUAUUGUUUGAUCAUGUCGUAAAGGACUUUAAAAAAGUCCUUGAUAAGGACGAACCAGGCACUACAUUAGCAUUAGAAUGCUUUAAGGAAUUAUGUUGCUUAAUCUGCACAAGCUUUACCUCCGAAUUAUUGCAAUUUCUCAAUGUUAUUGUUUCUAAUAAAACAACUCGUUCAAAAGAUCUUAAUGUACAAUUAGAGAACGUGAUUUCUGUUUUAAGAGCGAAUUUCAAGACAUUUCUUAGUGAGAAGGAAGAAUAUGAGGAAAAUUUCAAAAAGAUACUUAAUAUAUUAUUGGACAUUAUACAUCAACUCACGCGAGAAAUCAACUUUUAUGAAACGAAUGGCAAUGAGAUAUUUGAUUCGAUGAUGGAAUUCACACAAUUGGAAAAUAUAGAUCCCCAAACUUCUUUAACUAUUUUCCAAAUUCUCUUCUGGAUAGAAGAACGUAAUAAAGAAUACGGGGAAUUAUUAUUAGAUGUCACGUUUGCAUUGUGUGAGAAAGUAGGCAACAUCGAUCAUGCUGAGAUGUCAACAACCAAUAAGUUUAAAAUUAUUUACGAAGAUACAGCGUCGCAGCUUUACAAUUUGGUGAAUAGUUCGAUAAAGGAGAAAUUGGACAAUGUGUCUUGGUUGUUAAUGCGGCUUAAAGCAGAGCAAAAUAUAACUUAUCCGUCUGGCACGGAUCUGGAAGCUCAUCAAGAAAAGCUGAAAAUUCAAGAACGUAAUUUGUGUAGACAAUUGUCACAUGUUAUACAAAUACUUUAUACAUUAGCCAAUGUCGCUAUUAAACCAGGAUCAACCACGGAAUUUAUGUUCAAUAAUUUAAGGACUUUAUACAACAUACUUGGCAGUCUUACAAAAUAUUUCCACGGAAAAUCCAGUAAACAAAAUGCAGCCUUUCAAUCAGUCAAAUUUAUUCAAGUGAUUCAAUCGGCCGGGAAACCAUUGAAAUCUGCAUUUUACAAUUUAGUAACACAUACCGAAGAGAACCAAAGUACAUCGAAGAAAGCUGAUUCUUACGUGCAAAGGAACAAGAUUCUGAAGGAGACUAAGACAAUACCCCGAGUUGUAUAUGAAAUCGAACAAUUUUACAAAGAGAUUUUAGCACUUGAAAAAAAGACUGGUAUUCCACUUGAGACUUACAUAAAGCAUAGCAUAACGCGAGAUUUCCGUAUAAAAAACACACAAUUAGUAGAAGCAUUCGACAAGAUGGAUAUCAGUAUGCUGAAUACACAGAAUUCGUCUCGUAAUGAUACAUCUAAUUCAAAUAUAAAUGAUACGUCUACAAGAACUUCCCCGGAAAUAUCAUCUUCAAAACGAUCCAGAAUGAAUGACGUAUCUAUGGAACUGUCUACGGAAUUGCCGCCUUCGAAGCGAUCUAGAACUCGAUCUAGAAGCGAGUUAGACUCUUGAAAAUAGGUUUUACCUUCGUCUUCUCUCUCGUGAUCGUCUUCUUCGCCGGUCUCUGUCACGUUCUCGUUCCCGAGAUCGAUCUCUUCGUCUUCC